CAGAAUAAGGGUUCUUAUCCCAGAAAGAGUGACGAAGAAGCAGAUUCCGAAUCAGAGGGGCGUAGGGAGCAAAAAUGGUGAAGUUCUUGAAACCUAACAAGGCGGUGAUUCUCUUGCAAGGCCGAUAUGCCGGUAAGAAAGCCGUGAUUGUGAAAACCUUCGACGACGGAACCCGUGAGAAGCCUUACGGACACUGUCUUGUUGCUGGAAUCAAGAAGUUUCCUAGCAAAGUGAUCAAGAAAGACUCAGCGAAGAAGACGGCAAAGAAAUCUAGGGUUAAGGCAUUCGUGAAGCUGGUGAAUUACCAACAUCUGAUGCCUACUCGUUACACUCUGGAUGUGGAUCUGAAGGAUGCUGUUGUUCCUGAUGUUCUUCAAUCAAAGGACAAGAAGGUCACUGCACUGAAAGAAACUAAGAAGAGCCUUGAAGAGAGGUUUAAAACAGGGAAGAACAGGUGGUUUUUCACCAAGCUUAGGUUUUGAAUUUUCACUGUUCUGUUUCUAGUUGAAUUAUGGAAGCAGUAUUUUUUUAAGAAAUAUUAUUGAUUAUUAUGAAUGAAUUAUGAAAAUCAAAUAUUAUUGAUUAUUAUGAAUGAAUUAUGAAAAUCUGAAAAUA